CCUCGGUUCGGCUUUACCGCCCACGGAGAGGGAAGUGUUGAGACGUAGUUACGCCGAGAAUCAGCAGAGGGCAGCACUGUAUUUAUACAGCGAAAAAAAAGAGCAGUGUUUAUAUGGGCCCAACUUAAUGUCUUAUCCAGGUUUAUCCCCCGCUAAGGUGUCACCAUCAAGGUAUUCAUUAGAAGGUGCUAGAAAAUACUAUACUUGCCUAUCUGGCGUUUAGUCCGAUGCAAGACAUGAAGAAAUACAGGGAGCUAUGGAGAGUAGAUUCUGUGUUUUGAACGACACCGAAGACCUCCAAACGCGAAUUUCAAACACUGAGAACAACCUCCACUUCGAACGGUCUAAAACGCUGUUUGAGGAAAUCCGUGCCUCUAUUAAUAACAAUGACGAAGAGGACCGUUCUUUCUGGAGGCCUGUGCUGCCUUGGGGUGGCGUCUAUACCAUUAAGGCUGGACGGAAAGCCAUAUCAUGCACCCCUCUGUACGUCAAAAUCAACCUAAAAAACACCUGCACCAUUGAUGGCUUCCUCAUGAUCCUGUAUGUGAUCCUGCGGGACAACCAGGGCUUUUCCAGAGAGCUGGCCGUCUUCCUGGGCAAGCAGUUUGUGGAGUAUUUCCUCUACCUGAUGGACUCCUGUGACUACACCACAGUGAAGAUGCUGUGGAUCUGGGACAGGAUGUCUAAAAGACAGUACCGCUCAGAGAUCCACCAGGCAGCACUGGAGAUUGACCUGUUUGGUAAUGAGCAUGAGAACUUCACAGAGAACCUGGAGAACCUCUUGUCCACCAUGCAGGAGAGCCUGUGCACCAACUGGAGCUGUCCUGCCCGCUUCCAGGAGUUCGUCAAGACUACAAUCAACAUCAGCCCUCCUCAUGAGCUGCCUCACAGAGACCCCAUUCAGUCGGCCGUGGACGAGUUCUUCUGCCCCAAGCUCCUGCUCUGCACAGAACUGGGGUGUGAUGGACUAAGGGAGCUCUCUCAGAGGGUUUUCUGUCAUGGACCUCCACCUUUUGUCAUUCUCAACAUGCAGCAGUGGAAGUCAGAGGAGCUGUCCUAUGUUCCUUACCAUCUAGCUCUCUGUCAGCACAGGUACUUACUAGAGGGCGCCACACUCUUCAACAAGGAGGAGCAUCACUAUUCUGCAGCCUUCCAGAUUGACGGCUGCUGGAUGCACUAUGACGGGUUGAGGAGUGACAAUCUGAUCCUCUUACACAAGCCACCAGAGCUCCUGCUGCUGUCCUCUCUGGUCUACAUCCGUGCCUCCGACAAGUGAACUCAGGAGUCGCACUAAGCACAAGAGUGAAAGCAUUCAUCCACCCUGCCUAUGAUUAUUUUGUCAUGACUACGUGGAUGCCAUUGCAUUACUGUAAUCAUGCUCCUCUACUUAUCCCAUCAUUAGAAUUUUUAAUUCAUUCCUGUUAGCAUUUACUCCCUCUGUUAGCUGUAACAGUUCUGAAUGACACAUGCUCCUUUUCACCUGAAUGCUUGCAGAAAGCUUACUGUGCAAAAUGAAAAUGACUUCUUUUUGGGCAUGCUUGGAAUCCAAGAAUAUAAUGGACUAUAAUAGUUCUGGGUUGAUAUGCAUAAAUGACCACAACAAUGAAUAAUGCACACAGUAUGCAUUACCUGCCACACAGGGGAGACUUAUAUGAUUUUAAAAAAUGUCAAGGUUGUUAAAUGGAUUACACUGUGAGGGUGCAUUUUCUAAUUAGGAGCCUUGUAUAGCAGAUAGCAUUGACGGUGUACCACAUUUUUACAUGUGUGCAGUCUUGCUAAGGUCUGUUUAACUUUACAUUUAUGCAUAUCAGCACGUUCCUAAAAUUGAAUUGGUGCUUUUUCUAUGUACACUGUGGUCUGAGGAUGAGAAACAACCAAACAGGAUCAUGGUCCAUGUCAGGUUAACUCUUUUUUUUCUUAGGAUGCUUAAAUGAGUGAGUGUCAAAAUACAAAGUUCAUAAAUCAAACACAUGUUGAGGACUUAAAAUAAUACCUGUUUGGCUUCCAAGCCACUGAGCUGGCAGCAUGUCCGUAUUGAUAAAUUGAAUUCAAAAAUUCUACCACUCUAGGUCUGCACACACUGCGGUCUUCAACACAGAAAUGAUGUAAAUUUACAUGUUAUUUUGUAAUAGUUUUUAACCUCAAAGAAUUACCGGUAUCACACAGUGCCUCUGCCAAGGAAAGUUUAUGAAAGUUGUGCAUAAAUUCUCUAUCAAGACCAGUUUUCGAUGGCUUUUUUUUUUU